AUGUACAAUCCGUACGAUUUCCACAGCGACGAAACGAUCGCCAGAUUUCAUAGCUCGAGUUCUAGCGGAUCCCAAAGAAAACAUGGAAUGAAUCGCUCGUCGAUCAAGAAAAAGCCGAACAGAGCAAGAACCGGCGGCGGAAAGAGCUUCGACUUGGAAUUUUCGGAGUGCUGGCUCGACCCGCCGAGAUACAGACAAGCCAUCGCGCAGUAUGAAGAGACGAUCGAGGGCACGCGCGACGCCAUCAAAAAGACAACAAAACAUAUACAGGACCUUAUCACGAAAGGUCAAGCGUUUGCCGAAGCCCAAAAAACGCUCAACGCCGACUUGGUGAAUGGCUUCCAAAUAGGGACGAUCGGCCCGCAGCUGAGCCAGGACGAACUCUUCAUGAAAAACUCGCUGGGCGACUUUUCCGAAAUGUUCACCACUUACAUGGUAAACUUCGAGAUUAUGCUGGAGAGCAUGAGCAAGUGGAAGGGCAAGAUCGACAGAUUCAGAGAAAAUAGAAUUGAAAAAGCGUACACGGAGAAACGAAGAGCUUACAAGAAGUACAGAGACAAAUAUUACAAGAACAUGGCUUCCAAUUCCGGAGUUGGGGAAGGCCACAAAGAGUCAAAGCAAAACCAGGCGAUCCGAGACACGAAAAAGUCGAGGAAGGAGUAUCACGAAAACGCGCUCGCAUACGUGGACACGCUUUUGGCAAUCGAAGAAGAAAAGAAAUACGAACUCGUGGAGAAUUUAUCUUCAAUCGCUGGCGAUUGGCUUCAAUUCACGAAAUCUUGCUACGAAUGCCACCACUUGGAAAAUAGCGAGAAAAUCAAGCAAACGCUGAAUUUGUCUAAUAAUCAACGCGCUAGACACAAAAGUAUACAAGAAAACCUGGACAAGCACAGACAAAACCACGUGAGAAAUCCGUCAACUCGGCUGAACGAAAACGAGGACGCAUACGAAGGCCAUGUUCUACAACUGGAAAAGGGCUUCUCAAAAGGACCGAUGGCGCUGAAAACUGCCGGCUACAAAUGGAGCCAUCGCUAUCUCGAGUUCAGCGCGAAGAAGAAGCAAAUUGUGCUGUACAAUCCAGACAGUGUCAUGUCCAGGACCACCUAUUCGGUUGUUUUUGACUCGAGUAGGAUGGACGAUAUGAACACCGACAGGAAAAACAUAUUCCACAUUCAAGUGAGCGACAACAAGCAGGGCGACUCAAAGUGUCUGACCUUCCAAGCAGCAAGCGAAGAAGAAUUCAAGCGUUGGCAGCAGCUCGUUUCGUGCAAUACCGGUGGGAACCCAAGAGUUUACGUCGACCCCGGCUCGGGAGGCAUUUCAUGCGCCAGUCAUAAUAUUGAGCUAGACGACCAUAUUGUCGGCAGAUUGCAAGAAUGCAUCACGCAUGUCGAGUCUGGUGGUGGGCUAGAAAUGGAAGGAGCUUAUCGCACCGUGGCAGUCCAGUCAAAAGUCGACAACUUGCUGAAGAAAAUCAUCGAUCCCUCGAACAGCGUCGACCUGAACAACUGCGAGGUGCGGACGAUUAUGUCAGCGAUCAAGGCGCUUUUUCGGAACUUACGCGAGCCCAUUCUCACCUUUGAAAAUCACGAGACAAUCAUAGACAUCUUUCGAAACAACGAUGUGGAAAUCGAUGUCAAAUCAGAAGAGUUCAAGGGCAUUUUACAAACGCUGCCAGAAGUCAACAAAGUCGUGCUGAAAAUGAUCUGCGAGCAUUUAGUGAAAGUCGCUGCGAACGAUAGUGUGAACAAAAUGUCAGCCCAAAAUAUUUCCGUCUGUUUUGGGCCUGCCUUUAUGUGGGCGAAGCAAGAAACGAUCGCUGGACUACAAGAUGUCAAAUACCAAUGUACAGUGGUCGAGUUGCUGAUAGAAAAGCACGAUUCCUUCUUUCAAACGUCAGAAGAAAUCAAGACUAUGAACCAGACUCUUCAGAAGCAUUCCUUUUCCUUGUCCAAUCGAACAACUUCUAGAAUCUCAUUGUUCGUUCACUUUGACAAGUCUGAGUUGCCUCCUGUACAAUCGUCACUGCCAUCUGAUAGUAGAAGAGAAAGCCAAAACCGUCGGAGCGAGUACGACAAUCUUCAUUAUCACCUGACGCCGCAGAAAAUCGCCGAAUUUUCCGAAAGUUCAAAAAUCCCCGACAUCGACGAAUCCGAAACUACCGACGACAAUCGAAGUCCCGCCAUUCCAAGAGCAUUUGUGAGCAAAAAGAACUCCUCGUCUUCGACUGCAACUAAUUCAAGCUCCGAGGAUUUUGACAACUCGCUGACGAUUGACGGGAGCAACGAGGAGCUCAAUUCGUCGGCAGAUGGUGGGAAAGUCACGCUCACGAGGCAGAGGCUCCAGAAAUCAAGUAGCGAAAUGGAAGACAUCCGGGAAAAGCACAAAACCGACACCGAUUUCAAUAUUUUGGUGACUCCGGGAGCAAUGCCGGAUAACAUCCAAAAGAGCCCGAUAACGAGCAUCCGCUCAAAGAGCCUCAACAAGGGCUCCUCCAGAAUCCAGCGUCGACCGACUGGCAACGAGUCCGACCACGUUCGCCCUUCGAUUUUGCGAAAACAAAGCUCCAAAGAUGCAGGAAGUAUUUUUGGGGAGCCGGAUCCGUUGCAUACCGAGCUUCACAGUCCUCAACCGUCCGCGUCUCCGGCGGUGAUGCACAAGAGUUCCUCUGCUUUUGAACUGGCGACCAGGGCAAAGGCGAAGUAUGCUUGCAAAGCGGAUAAUCCGGACGAACUGACUUUCGAGGUGGGACAGUACUUUUACGAUGUUCAAAAUGAUCCGCUGCAUGAUGGCUGGUACCUCGCGAGAAUGAAACAUCCAGAAACAGGAAAAGAAAGCUGCGGCCUGGUUCCCGGUCCCUUCAUCGUCUUCCUCGAUUCCACAAAAUCGUCAGAUUAA